UGGUCAAUCGGAUCUGCCAGGCGGAAGCUGUCCCUGCCGAUCUAGCUGCAUUUGGACGUCUACAUCAUAGACGAGCCACUUCACUACUUGGCCCUUGAACAUGCUACUACAAUCUAUCAUUGAAGCAAGUGACAGACGGCAAGUUGGCACAGCCAGAGGAGCAUUUGCCCGCGCGUAUCGGAUGAAAGUUUCACGGCAUCAUGGCCUUGCAAUACCUCUUCUUCUGGAAUCUGAAGACUGCGGACGAUAAUAAAUGGCAUCCCGAGAUCGGGCAGAGCUCGACAAAAUACAUUGGCAACCUCCCGCACUUUCUAAGACGCAUGGAUCUUGAAGCUAGCUUGGUCGACGCUGCCCCGUUUGUUGCGGGCGUAGGAGGAGCCCGACACAUCUCUCAGAUUUUCGACUUCGGCUUCACAGCGCCCGCCUCGGUGUUUCGAAACGUCAAGACAAUGACUGCGAUGCACAGAUCCGUGGCCGUGUUGCUACCACUGAUAUGGACCGCACAGGCUGCCGGAGUCCAGUACAGAUUUCUCAUUCCUCGGUGGUGCCACGAUAGAGAGCUUCGACGGGACGAAGAUGAGGUCAGAAAGCACAUCGAUGUGGGUGCUUGCAUUGGUGGAGUGAGCUGGGUUGCUCGGAUGCUGUUCAAGGUCGGAGUUCGCUACUGGGCGCCCAUCGAUGUUGUCCUUGGUGGAGCUUUGGCCGAUCUACUGCAUCGAGAGUACCAGAAAGCGCAUGGCUUCUGAACAUGCCCCGGAGAUGCGACAACGUGAGGCUAAAUGCUCUACUCCGGAAGCGCAAUGUGACGCUUGCGUCGCAGGAAUGCGACUGUCGGUGGCUGCACGAUCUCAUUG